AUGGUUAACCAGCUCAAAUAUGGUCCGAUUCCAGUUCUCAAAGCCCUCAUAGAUCCUGUGUAUGUUGCUGAUGUGGCAUCUACAGUUGUUUUAGCCUUGAAAGAUGAUGGUAGCAGCAUGGGAAAAGCUGAGCUUAUGUACGAAGUGAUUCGAGAAUGGCCUCAUUAUGUUAAUGUCCCUUUCCCAGUUUCUAAGAUUGGAAAUUGGUCAAGGUGGCUAACUUAUUUAUUUGGUAUAGAUGAUGAUGAUACAUCAUUCAAAUCUUUUCAUCUCCUGAAUGCAUUAAGUGACCUGAUGAUGCUUCCUAAGGAUAUGCUGUUAGAUAGCACAAUCAGAAAAGAGGUAUGUCCGAGUUUUGGUGCAACAUUAAUAAAAGGGAUACUAGAUAGUUUUGUUCCAGAUGAGUUUUGUCCAGAUGCUAUUCCUGAAGUUGUGCUUGAAGCCCUAGAUUCAGAGGUGAGUUCAAUAUAA